UGUGUGUCUAACAUUAAGUUCUGCUUUACUGUAUUCUGUAUAAAAAUAUACGCAGGUGUUUCGAGCGGCGGGCUGUAAGCGCGGAAGCGGCUGAUAUUUGGGGGGUUGGGUUUCAGGAUAGUAACGUUAGAGCACCAGCGUGUCCUGUGAAGGCUGUGAAGGCACACGGAUAAACACACACGCACACACACACAGGGUGCAGGACAGCGUCAGCAGCCUGAUUUCCGAAUGUAAUUUUACUGAAGAGAACAGUUUUGAGAUGGACGAGCGGCAGGCAGUGUAAUUUCCUCAGGGACUGAAGAGGAUGGGAGCAGUACCCAGGUGUUGGAGAUGUCAUUCGGUCGACUCCUGCGACGCGCCUCCUCCAAAGCCUCUGACCUCUUGACCUUUAAUGCGGGGUCGGCGGGUUCUCGGUCUGUGCUGGACGGAGAGAUCAUCUUCUCCAAGAACAACGUGUGUGUGCACCCAGCUGAGCCGCUGCCUGGCUUGCCUGAACACCACCCAGGUUACCUGUGUGUUCACCUGGAGAAGGAUGAGACUCUUGGCUCCACCCUCAUUCUCACCUGGGUGCCUAACUCUCGUAUCCAGCGGCAGGACGAGGAGGCUCUGCGCUACAUCACUCCAGAGAGCUCUCCAGUGCGCCGGAACCCGCGCCGACGGCCCCGCCCUCCUCAGCACCGACCACCGCCCGCCCCAGAGGAAGAGGAGGAUGAGGAGGUGGGGGUGGAGCCCAGCCUGCAGCAACUGCAGCUGGAGGAUGGAGAUGAAGGCUCGUGCGAGCUAUCUGCGGAUGAGGUGAGCCGGGACAGCACGCUGGGCUCCGACUCCGACACCUUCUCCUCACCCUUCUGCCUGUCCCCCGUCAGUGAGGCGCUCGGAGAAAGCAGCAGCUCGGUCUUCCUGGACAACGAGAGCAGGGAGAUGUGUGAUGAGUCCAUGACCCACUCAGCAAGCUCCGCCUCCAGUCUGGACAGCCACGCCCCCUCUGAGAGCAGCCAAUCGCAGGGCUUUCGGUGGGAAGAGCAGCAGAAGGUCCUGGCUCUAGAGCAGCUGUGUGGAGUGUUCAGAGUAGACCUCGGUCACAUGAGGUCACUACGACUCUUUUUCAGUGAUGAGGCGUGCACCUGCGGUCAGCUGGUCAUAGCCAGCAGAGAAAGUCAGUAUAAGAUCCUGCACUUCCACCACGCCGGCCUGGAUAAGCUGGCUGAAGUCUUUCAGCAGUGGAAAUGCUGCAGAGAGACGCAGCUCAAAGACCAGGUAGCGGAUGAGAAAUCAUGUAUGCAGUUCUCCAUCCGUAGACCCACUCUGCCCUCAACAGAGACCCACCCUGAGGAGCGGCUGUACCGUAGGCUGGACGUCAGCUCCUGGCUUCGUCACCUCAACCACAGCGGCCAGGUGGAGGAGGAAUACAAGCUCAGGAAGGCAAUCUUUUUCGGAGGCAUUGACCCCUCUAUCCGGGGUGAGGUGUGGCCCUUCCUGCUGCACUACUACAGCUAUGACUCCACAUCAGAGGAGCGCGAGGCCUGGAGGCUGCAGAAACGCAGCGAGUAUCAGGAGAUCCAGCAGAGAAGGUUGUCGAUGAGUCCUGAAGAGCACAGUGAGUUCUGGAGGAAGGUACAGUUUACAGUAGACAAGGACGUGGUGAGGACCGACAGGAGCAACAUGUUCUUCAGAGGAGAGAACAACCCUAACGUGGAGAUCAUGAGGCGUAUCUUGUUGAACUAUGCAGUGUUUAAUCCGGAGAUGGGCUACUGUCAGGGAAUGUCUGACCUGGUGGCUCCUCUGUUGACUGAGAUCCAGGAUGAGAGCGACACAUUCUGGUGCUUUGUGGGCUUGAUGGAGAACACUAUCUUCAUCAGCUCCCCCAGAGAUGAAGACAUGGAGAGACAGCUGAUGUAUCUGAGGGAGCUCCUGCGGCUGAUGUUGCCACGGUUCCACCAGCACUUGAUGCGUCUGGGAGAGGAUGGUUUGCAGCUGCUAUUCUGUCACCGCUGGGUUCUACUGUGCUUCAAGCGCGAGUUCCCCGACACUGAGGCCCUGCGUAUGUGGGAGGCCUGCUGGGCUCACUACCAGACGGACUACUUCCACCUCUUUCUGUGUGUGGCCAUCAUUAUGCUGUACGGUGAUGACGUCACGGAGCAACAGCUUGCAACCGAUCAGAUGCUGCUGCAUUUUAGCAACCUCUCCAUGCACAUGAAUGGAGAACUGGUGCUGAGGAAGGCACGAAGUCUCCUCUAUCAAUUCCGACUGCUUCCCAGGAUCCCUUGCAGUCUGCAUGACCUGUGUAAGCUGUGUGGGCCGGGCAUGUGGGACAGCCGCUACAUCCCUGCCGUAGAAUGUUCCGGAGAGCACCCGGACUCUAAGAGCUGCCCCUAUGGAGGCACGGCCACCCCCCAACCACCACCUUCCCCCAGCCAGCUCAACGAGAGCAAGCGCAGCUCGAAGGCGCGAGACAUCUUCAACUUCCGCAAGCAAUCCUGACUGCAGCUGGGCUCAAGGACUACGCUACCCAUAAGGUCUAGCUCCAGAGGUACCAUUCGCCAGGUACACGGGUGAAUGCUGGGACAUGCAGUCCUCAGCAUCAUUAUUAGCUGACUAGGAGAUAUCUGCUAUCUAAUAUAAUAUGGAACACUGCCUAAACCAAACACACCUAUUUAAAAGUGAGAGACAUUAUCAGCGGUAGACGGGAGCCUCAUGAAUGCAGUCGAUGGAAUCGUUCUGUGUUUAAUUUCCAUUUAUUAAAUGGCAGGAUUCUGAAAGGGACUGGCAACCCAUAUGGAGGCACAGAAGGAUUGGAUUACAGAAUGGCAUCAAUAAUACACAAGUGCAGUCUUCGCAUACAAACAAGGAUUACAGUCUACUUCUUUACAAUCUUUCUUUUUGACAGAUCCAAUAUAUUGAUACUCUUUAUUACUAUUUUUCUUCUUUUUUAAUUCAGGUAGUAUGCAUGUGUGUUUUGUGUGAGAGAGACAGCAACUUUCAGAUAUAGUACUGAAUAUGAAUAAUUCUGCCAUUAGUGGGCUUAAACUUUGUUCAGUCAAACUAUGGGAAUAGCUGAUAAGUGCAUUUCACCAGUCAGUCAUCAUUUGGGAAAAAGUAUUGAUCAUUCCUAAUUCCAGAUCUCAUCAUAUAUUGGAAUAGAGAGGGUAUGAGACAGUUGCUUUCAUUAGGAUGCCAUGUUGGUCAAUUGCUGUUAUCAAAGCAAUAUAUAUUGGAAAUUUUUUCAAGUAUUGAACAUGCAUUGUAAACAAAGCGGAGCAAUACUUAUUUUUCCCCACAUAUGCUUUUGCAUGUCUUAUUAUUCUAUAUUACUAACCAGUAAUCAUUAUUUAAGUAUAACUAUAAAAGGGAAAUUGGAAGAAAGAGGCAGCAAUAUUAUGAUGUAUUGUAGUGCUGUCGGUUCCUACCGUUUGAGCUUUGUGUUAAAAUCAUGAUUGUGGCAGAAGGUCUUAAUCCUCCUCAUAAUGCCUCUCAACACCGCAGGGGAGAAAAGCGCUCCAGUCCAAACCCAAGUGGGAGUUUGCCUAUAAUUAGUUAAUCUGAGGGCCAGCCGUUAGAUGAGCAGGAGUGUUUGGGAGGCUUUGGUCUGAGAGAUGGAUGGAGAACGAAAGAGAGAGAGAGGGCUAUAGAAGAUGGCUUGUGUCUUAAAGGUUCCCCAGAGCCUGUUUGAGAGCAGCCGGGAGAGCAGCUAUCCGCAAAUUGCCAUUAAAAGGUAACAUUAGUCUGCGGGACUCUCCACAUGCAGCCUCUGUAAACGACAUGCAUUACAGAACCUUUUCUUAACCAUUAGGCUUUCGGCCGGUUUCCUCAAAUAUCCAGUGAGCAAAGGGGCAUGGGCGAGCACUCGGAGAAGGGCUAAGAGAUGUUGACAUAAUUGGAAGAUGAGCAAUGAGGGCCUAUAUUUCCACUGUCAUAACAAAACUAAACAGUAACUGUAUAACUGAGUAGAAAAUCUAUAAAAAAUUGCACGGGAAAAGUAAUGAAUUAACUUGAUUCAGAUGAGUACAUCGAUUCCACAUGAAUUUGUCUUGUACAUUACCUACUUUUGGGAAUAAUUGUGUAGUAUAUUUUAAUGUGGAGAUGAGAUAUGAAUGAUUUUCUAUUUGUGUGCGUUCAUCAUGAAACGGUCACACAAUGUAAAGGCACAGAUUGCAUUUGAGAAAAAAAAGUCACAUGGUUUUCUUGUGACAGUGAGUAUGUCUUUGUUUUUUAAACUACAGUACUGUGCAGAAGUCAGAGACCAUCCUUCCUUUAUUUAAUUUCCAAUAAAAAUGGUCAUUAAGUAGAUGUUACUCAUUUUCUUUAAGGAAAAAAGCAGAAAUAUACAUACAAUUGUGCAAAACUCUCAACCACUAAAUGUGUUU